CUCAUUCGUUUUCUGGCUCCUUCCUCUGUGCUAGCGGGUAAUGACUCCAACUCUCGCGUGCGUUCCUAUUCCUUUUCUGUAGACAGAGAAGUUGACCGUAUUAUUACUUUUAGGCGCGCUUCAAACAGUUAUGAGCAGGCCAGCGAAGCUUUUGUGUCCUUAGGCACAACGCGCGCGAAGUGGUCAGCAAGCUUGUGCGUGCAGCAAGCUCGCCAUGGCUGCGGUCCUCAGGCGCAGUCAUGGUGGAGCGCUUAGAUCCUAUGUGCUGGUCGCCUUCGCGCUGCUAGCACUGUGCCAGCGACGCGAUGUGCACGCACUUCGGCCUCAGAAAACAAGCAGCCGGCGGAAGGGGCACACGCUGGAGGACGUGCUUAUAGCCAACGUUACGCCCGCUGACGUCGCGCACAAUGAUGCAAUGCGGUUCGUGCGCGAGGGCGUCGCGUACAUGGAAUCGCUCGGCGUCAAGCUGUCGGAGCAAUGCGAAAAGCGCUACGGCUACACCUUUAUCACGGACCAGAAGUAUCACCACUUCCGGCUGUGCAAGUCGGAAGCCAGGCUGAACGACGACGGCACGCUCAGCGGCGUGCAGCGAGGGGCCUCACCGUUGGCUAAGUACCGGAUACGCUUCGCGAAGAAGAUGCAGGCCCGCAAGGAGCGGCUGGCCGCAGCGGCAGCAGCUGCUGCCGCAGCCAAUAGCAGUAGCACUGGCGGGACGGCGCGGCGGCGGCGGAGGGGGCUGCUCCAAGCCGGCACCGGCGACGUUGGGCGGCACGCAGCAGCCGGCGCCGUCGGCAGUAGCAGCACCGGGACCGGGGCUUUGUUAUACGGGCACGCGCAUAGCCGGUCCGAACUGUUGCCAGUCGGGCGGAGGAGGCACGGCCGCCACGCCGGGGCUGCCAGCGGCGCCGAGGAGCGCAGGGCGCUGCUGCAGGCGGCCGCCGGCAGCAGCAGCGGCGGCAGUAGCAACUCGCUCAUGUACAAGCUGCUGAAGCAAGUGACCGACAAGGCCGCAAACAAUGACGGCGGCCGUGAUGAAGAUGGGGCGUCUGACGUGUACAAUGACGACGAGGAGGAGGAGGAGGCGGAGGCGGAGGCCGAUGCGGCUGCCAGCGAGGAUGGGGAUGAGGACGAGGGCGGCGGCGGGGGCGGGGGCGGCGGCGGCGGCUAUGGCAAGAAGAAGGCUGAGAUCCUGUCCACCGCCUUUGAGCCCGACACCGAGCUGCCGGAGCUGACGGCCGUGGGCACCAGCCACAAGAGCAGCGUGGGCUGCUACCUGCAGCCCUCCAUGCCGCGCAAUGUGGGCUACAAGGACGCGCAGCUGCUGUGUGUGGGCCGCAACGUGGUGCUGGACACGUGCGCGCACUACGACGGCCAGGCGGAGGGGUUCAACGUGCGCUUCCCCGCGCCCAAGGUGGGCUCUGUGAAGCUGGGCUGCUCCGUGAAGGUGCAGCUGCUGGGAGAGCGCAACCUGACCAAGGGCUACAAGAACAGGCUGUGGUGGGCCAACGCUCAGGACAACGCCUACGACGUGGUGCGCCAGUCGUGCGACCCCGCCGGCGGGCGGGUGGUGGAGCACCCCGUGGCCUUCGUGAUCCGCGACCGAUACACACACACGCUGCACGAGCUAGAGGUGCUGUCCACCAUCUUCACAAGCCUGGCCGUGGCGGACCUGCCCGAGGUCCGCGCCCAGGGCGUUCAGAUCGUGCUGGCCGACCAAAUGCCGCAUGCCUCCUACCGCCCCACCUACGCCGCCAUCUCCUACCCCUACCGCCUGCGCCACCUGGCGGAGGCGCCCUACCCACCCAACACCUGCUUCCGCACCGCGCUGUUCAUCAACGCCUUCACAAACUCCAUCGCCUUCAACCCCAACCCCAACACCUCGGACUGCUUCUCGCCAGUCAUGAUCGGCGUGCACAAGUGGCUGCGCACGCUGCACAAGGAGCUGGACCCCGCCUACCUGGCCCGAGUGCACCACCACGCCGCGGAGACCGGCGGCAUCAUACGCCGGCAGGUGGUGUGGACCAGCCGCCGCAACCUGGAGGCGCUGCGGCUGACGUCCGGCACCGGCAUGACGGAGUGGCAGUCGGCGCGCAUGGUGCCCAACGAGAACGCGGUGGUCACGGCGCUGCAGCUGGCCAUCCUGGAGUGGAACUCACGCUCCUGCCUGCUGUCGCGCUACUACGGCGGCGACGAGGGGCUGGCGGGCUGCCGCGCCGCGGCGGUGGACGUGCAGUUCGACCUGGUGUUUGGCGAGUUCAGCGACUGGCCCUACUACCCGGACCAGCUCAUGACAAUAUACAGGACGGGCAUCCUGAUCGGCGUGCACGGUGCAGCGCUGACGUUCGUGACCUCCACCGCGGCGGGCGAGAGCGCGCUGCUGGAGCUGGCGGGGGUGGGGUGGGAGGACACGCAGACGGGCAACAUGCUCAACCUGUUCCCCAGCCUGGCACACAACAUGGGCGCCUACUACGAGCAGGUCCGCUACCAGGGCCCCGACAUUGACAUCAAGGUCGCCACAGACGCCUUGGUCAGGGCUAUGGACGAGGUGUCAGCGCGCAUCAACGCCAACGCCGCCCGGCGUAAGGCGGCGGAGGCGGCGGCGGCCAAGGCAGGGGGCGGCGGCGAGGCGGUGGCCGGCCCCAGCUUCAACGACCAGUACAACUUUGAUGUCAUGUUCCCGCGGGCCUGCCCCAGCUCGGUGCCCAACAAGCUCCGGCGCUACGUGACGAGCCACCCCGUGCAGAUGGCGCUCAACGCCACAACCAACAGCAGUAGCAGCAGUAGCAGCAGCAGUGCCACCCAGCAGUAGCAGAGCGGUAAUGGCAUACAUGGCAGAUAGCGGAGCACAGGUUGCACUGGCAAUGCCAGGCGAACGACAUAGCCGGAGUGCUGGCGGCGGCAGUAGCAACAGGAGGAGGAGGAGCGGCACAGAGGUAGCUUAUGACGUACGGGUGGCUGCAGUGCAGUCGUGAGCGGCAUGAGAGAUAGCACUGCAGGAAGCGUGCACGUACCGAUUGUGAGGUGGCUGCGAGUGAUUGGCGCCGCGUGCGUUUGCGUGCGACCUUGCAAGCCGGGACAGACGCGCGCCGCAUACCGUAUGACGCGGAAUAGACAACGGAACUUCGGGUAUGAGGGUGAGAGGCGUCUCCGAUAGAGGCGAGCAAGCUUUGCUUGGACUGUGAAGUGCGUCCUGUGUGGCCGACAGUUCUUGGCGGAAACUGCAGAUGGCUAUCGACGUGCGGAGAAACAUGAACGCUGAGUGCGGCCGAGGAACUCCGAGAAGCACUGCGGGAGGCACAGGGGCUGUGGCUAAUCUUGGGGGGUAGAGGUACCUCUGUGGAGUUGUAGACUCGCCUGAGUUCGACAGGGUCCCCAAAAGGGGCUCACCGGCUCAUCGGCAAUCUGUGCACGUACGUUGCAUUACCCGCACGUGUAGCGGGGGGAGCGCGCUGUGUGUGUUUUAAGCAGAGCUUGC